UGUAUUACAUUUUAUUUAAAGUAUUCUACUCAUUCUGUGAUAUGGCAAAACAUCAUCCAGAUUUGAUUUUUUGCAGAAAACAACCAGGAGUUGCAAUUGGGAGGUUAUGUGAAAAAUGUGAUGGUAAAUGUGUAAUUUGUGAUUCCUAUGUAAGACCAUGUACUCUAGUCAGAAUAUGUGACGAAUGUAAUUAUGGAUCUUACCAAGGUCGGUGUGUUAUCUGUGGUGGACCUGGUGUUUCCGAUGCUUAUUACUGCAAGGAAUGUACAAUUCAGGAGAAAGAUAGAGAUGGUUGUCCGAAAAUUGUAAAUCUCGGAAGUUCAAAGACAGAUCUAUUUUAUGAAAGGAAGAAAUAUGGAUUUAAAAGAAGAUAA